AUGGAGAGUAUAACGAGUAAUGACUCGAACAUUGGAUCGUCGCGAGGCGACGCGUCGACCACCUCUGGUGAUAUCGCUAGCAGUCUCACCGGCGGAGGGGCGUUUGUGUUUUAUGUCGUGGUCAGAGAAAGCCUGUACUAUGCAAACCUCCGCCAGGCCUACCUCAACUCACCGGCCUAUGCAUCUCGAAUGUCAUCCCGUACAGUCCUCUUCAUGUCAGUUCCGGAUGCAUACAAGAAUGAGAAUAAACUACGACAAGUAUUUGGAGAAUCAAUUCGCCGAACCUGGAUUACCUCCGAAUGCUCAAAAUUGGAAAAGAUGGUUAAUGAACGAGAUCGAUUAGCCGAGAAGUUGGAAACCGCAGAGACCAAACUCAUUCGACGAGCAAAUAAGAUCCACAUCCAAGCAAUCAAAAAAGGUGAAGUGAAUAUCGAUACGUGUCUGGACUGCGAGUCAAGCAACCCGGCAUGGUCCCACAAGGUUGAACGUCCCAUGCAUCGACUGAAGCUCUUUGGUGAAAGAGUCGACUCUAUCCACUGGUAUCGGGCUGAGCUCGCAAAGAAAACCGAACAAGUAUCAAAUCUACAAUUCAAACACCAAAAUGGUCAAGCAAAAAUGCUCAGUGCAAUCUUUGUCGAAUUCAAUAGCCAAACUGAUGCACAAGUCGCCCUACAAACCCUAUCGCAUCACCAGCCGUUUCAUAUGACCCCUCGCUUCAUUGGAGUUGCACCUCACGAGGUUGUAUGGUCGGCACUCAACCUUAGCUGGUGGCAAAGGAUUGUUAGGAGAUUCGCAGUUCAGGGUUUCCUGGCAGCGAUGGUCAUCUUUUGGUCAUUCCCCGCGGCAAUAGUUGGUGCAAUCUCGAACAUCACAUACAUCUGCACGCUCAUUCCCUUCCUCAAUUUCAUUCUUCACUUGCCCGAUUUCAUUAAAGGAGCGAUUGAGGGUCUUCUGCCUGCUGCAGCGCUAGCCGCGUUGAUGUCGCUAGUGCCGAUCAUAUGUCGCAUAUGUGCUAGACAUGCUGGAGUUCCAUCAACCGCACGAGUUGAGCUAUUCACACAAAGCGCUCACUUCGUCUUUCAAGUGGUACAGGUCUUCUUGGUCACGACAUUGACAUCGGCUGCCUCGGCUGCUACUGCACAAAUCAUCAAAGAUCCUCUCUCGGUCAAAGAUCUGCUGGCGCAGAACUUACCCAAGGCUACGAAUUUCUACAUUUCUUACUUCAUGCUGCAGGGACUGAGCAUGAGUUCCUUGGCCCUGGUUCAAAUUGUCAGCGCCUUGGUGUUCAAAUUCGUGACAACAUUCUUUGCAUAUUCCCCUCGCCGUCUGUUUCAAGGAUGGGCCGAACUUGCCAGUCUUAGCUGGGGCAAUGUCUUUCCCAUUUUCACCAACAUGGCUGUGAUUGCAUUGACCUAUUCAUGCAUCGCACCUCUGAUUCUGGGAUUUGCCUUCCUCGGACUUUAUCUUGUAUACCAAGCCUACCGUUACAACUUCCUCUUCGUAUAUGACAUCAGCGUCGAUACAAAGGGGUUAGUCUACCCACGAGCCCUGCAACAUUUGUUAACGGGUCUCUACCUGGCCGAGAUAUGUUUGAUAGGACUUUGCGCCAUCAAGGGCGCUAUCGGGCCAGUCAUCAUCAUGGCCCUGUUCCUGGUCGGUAACAUCCUGGCCCACAUGUCGCUCAACGAAGCACUCAGCCCAUUGAAUACAUUCUUACCACGAUCCCUUGAUGCCGAAGAGGAAAUGCUCCAAGAAAAAGAAGAUGAAGUGGCAGCGAUCAACGAAGAGCGUCGCCCACGCGCAAUGGCCUUCUGGAGAUGGUUCCAUCCGAACGUAUACAAAGAUUAUGCGGCAUUGCGUCAAAAGGUUCGCCGGAAUCUCGAGGAGGUUUCGUACACCCCAGAAGAGAUGCGUACAGCAUAUUUCGAGCCAUGUGUAGCAUCACCGCCACCGACUUUGUGGAUUCCACGAGACAAAUGGGGAUUUAGCAACCAUGAGGUUCUGGAGACUGAUUCAAUAAUCAGCAUCACGGAUGAGGGUGCGCACUUGAAUGAGAAGAACAAGAUCGUAUGGGAUAAAUAUGAUCCCCAUCUUCCUUUACGAGAAUUGAAGACCCUAUAUUGA